AGCACCAACAUGACUGGUAGAGGGAGACCACGCAAGGCAGCGAGACCUGACACUACGUGUGCCAAGUGUAAAACUAAACCAGAGGAAAUGAAACAAGAAUCUCUGCCCAGAUGUCCAGGGAAGCGGAAUGGCACCACAGCGGUACAGAAACCAAAGGCACAGAAAAAGACAACCCACACUGAGGAGAAGCCGACUCUUCAAAGGACUCAAAUAGACAAGACCAAAAAUCAUUUAACAGAGGAGCAGCAAAGGACACCUACAGAAACCACAAAGGCUCCUGCACAAGGCGUUAAAGCCAAACCCUGUGCUGGCAGGGCCAAAACAACAGAACAGUCUGCAGAGAGGAUAACGAAAACGAAGCCGACACCAAAGGACACUACAAAGGAUUCUCCAAAGACCACAAAAGCAAAAAAAUGUGGCGUGAAGGCCAAAUCACCAGAACAACUCUCAGAGGAGUUGGAGGUGAAGCCAGAGGCACCAAAGGAUACCACAAAGGCUGUGAAGGCAAAAACCUGUGCUGGCAAAGCCAAAUCACUAGAAAAAAUCUCAAUGGAGACAACAAAGAUGCAGCCCGGCACACCUCAGGACACCAAGAAGGCAGGCUGGUGUGAAGACAAAGCUUCAAUGGACUCCAUCCUCUACACAACUCUGGAAGAUUUAAAGAUUAAAAGGGACGACAGAUCAGGUGCAGCAGAAGUCAUCAAUAAAAUAAUAAAAGCUAUAGUUGUGCAUUUGAAAGAGAAAACGCAAUGUUUCAAAGAGGUUGAAGCGCCACUACAUACUGGAAGUUACUAUGAAAAUCUGAAGAUUUCUAAUCCAGAUGAAUUUGAUGUCAUGCUACCCAUUCCUGUUGACCGAGUGAACAUUAGUCCUUUCGGAGAGGAUGGAGCCUUUUACAGUGUGGAAUUAAAACGUGGCAACAGCCCUCUGAAAAAGUUUGGGGAAACUGGCACUUUAUCCGCCAGUGAAAUGCUCAAGGAGUUCAGGGACGAAGUGAAGAAAUGUGUCAAGCAAUUUGAAGAAUGGGAGGUGACAAAAAAGAAGAAAGGCUGCCCUGCAGUGACCCUGAUCACAACAGUACAAUCAAUCACCAUUUCACUGGAUGUUGUGCUCAGUAUCAUGGUCAAAUCGAGCUGGCCACCAUUCACCAAAGAAGGCAUCAAAGUAGACAGCUGGCUGGGGACUAAAGUGAAGCAGGAAUACAAGCGAAUGCCGUAUUAUCUUGUCCCAAAAUAUGAAGGCAGAGGCACAGCGGAAAUCGACGGGGUCCUUGCCAAGGAUAUUUGGCGGGUUUCAUUCUCUCAUGUUGAGAAGGCCAUAAUGAAGAAUCACGGAUCGGAGAAGACAUGCUGUGAGAAAGGCGGAGAACGCUGCUGCAGGAAGGACUGUCUGAAGCUCCUAAAGCACCUUCUCAGUCUCCUGAAGGAAGAGGACUCUUCAUUUGACAAGUUCUGCUCCUACCACGCCAAGACCACGCUCCUACACGCCUGCUGCUCUAGAACUAAAGACAGAGACUGGAGUGCCUCAAGUCUGAGCCACUGUUUUCAGCUGCUCCUGAAAGACUUUGUAGGCCAUCUGGAAAAAGGUGUACUCUACAACUUCUUCAUCCCAACUCAGAACCUGCUCUCUGGUCGAGACCAGAAGAAGUGCAGUUGUCUGGCUCGUCGUAUCACAGAGGAAUGUGACAGGGGCUUUCCUAUUUUCAAGUGACAACUUCACAACAAACAAAGUGUUUGGCUUGUGACGACUCUACCUCCAUAGAGUCUGAAACAUCAUUUAAGUAAAAACUGUGCAACAAAACUCAGGGUAAUCUUUCAAGACAGAAAGCAUGAUCAAUAGCCAAAAACACAAUUUUUUUAAAUUUUUUUUUUACAAUUUCAUUCUUGUGUUUACUGCAUUUAUUUUCAUCUGAACCUGUUCUUU